AUGAAAGUCGUGCGCGUCGUCGGCUACCAUAAAAACCUCGAGUUGUCCGAAGUCCCCGAACCCAAAAUCACGUCGCCACUCGACGUGAUUGUGAAGAUCGGCGCCGCGGGGCUCCCUUACACCAUCGGGCACGAAAAUGCUGGCUGGGUCCAUGCAAAAGGGGAGGCCGUGACGGGACUCGAGGUCGGCGACAAAGUGAUUCUGCACCCGCUAGUGACCUGCGGCCUAUGUCACGCGUGCCGCUUCGGCGACGACGUGCACUGCGAGAACUCGGUCUUUCCGGGAAUUAACGUCGAUGGCGGGUACGCAGAAUACCUCAGGACGGGUGCGCGCAGCGUCAUCAAGCUGAAUCCCAAGCUGGAGCCCGCCGACGUGGCGGCCCUUGCGGACGCCGGGCUCACCGCCUACCACGUCAGCGCAAAGGCGGCGAGGGUGCUCAGACCCGGGAAUUUUGUGGUCAUGAUCGGGGCCGGCGGCCUGGGACACAUCGGGAUCCAAGUCAUGAAAGCCAUCAGCGCGGCGACGGUUAUUGUGGUCGACAGGAAUUCGGACGCACUGGUGUUGGCCAAGAAGUUGGGAGCGGAUCAUGUCGUGCAGGCUGGAAGCGAUGAUGGCUUUGUCAAAGAGGUGUUGUCUCUAACAGGAGGAAAAGGCGCAGAAGCCGUGAUCGAUUUCGUCGCCGAAGGCGGUUCAACGUCUACCGGUGUUCGUAUGCUCCGCCGAGCAGGAAAUUACUACAUUGUUGGAUACGGAGAGAACAUCAAUAUACCAACCAUUGACAUUAUAUCGACCGAGAUCAACUUCAUCGGCAACCUAGUGGGAUCGUACAAUGACCUGGCCGAAUUGAUGGUACUGGCUGCUCAAGGGAAAGUGGUUCUGCACACGUCCAUCUAUAAGCUGGAAGACUUUCAGAAGGCCAUUGACGACCUUUCCGCGGGCAAGGUGAGAGGGCGAGCUAUUCUUGUGCCCUGA